UGAUGUAAGCGAAUGUGUGCUCCAUCGUAGGUAGUGGAGCUCCACGCACGACUCCGGAAUCUCGUCCUUUCUGUAUCCUCCGGUGGGGGAGGCCGAGGCAGAGCUAAUCAGUCAGAGAUGCAAACGCGAGCGCUGCUAUCUGACCCGCGACCGAACCCACGGACAGAGCCGGCGCUCGGCUCGCUUCUCUAAUCCGAGUUUGAGUUCUUCCCCGCAGGAUUUACUGAGACAAGAGGCGAGAAAAGUUUUUUUUUCCCCUCUCCCCCCACUUUUCGGUCGGAUAGACCAGACCUCCCAGAGCUCGUCCCAAACAAAAAGAACCCGGGUGGAAAUUUUUUAUCGCCAGAGAGGCUCGGCUCGGCUCGGCUCGUUAAUACGCCGUUUGGAUUCGGGAUCGUUUUGAAGUGAUUUCGGUGAGCUAACGCGCUCCUCCGUCAAGAGAUUUCCCUUUUUCAUCUUCUUGGGCAAGACGAACACUUGUUAGCCAAGAAGCAAGUUUGUUUGGUGCCGUUAAAAAAAAACCCAGCCGAGCAGCUUCCAGUUUUCACGGCCGAACUGCAGCUGAGGGAGAAAACGAGAAGCACCGCCGGCUCGAAAGAAAUCCCUCUUAAAUCUCGGAAACGAACUUUUUUCUUCUCCGCUGAAGGAAGAGAAGCGUCCUGAAGCUAAAGAGCGGAUGCCAUAGCUGUGUGUAUGGAGAGCUGCGCCGGGCACCAAGCUCUGCUGUAGAGGAGCAUCAUGAAGCUCACGAUGAAGAUCAUGCUGCUGUUAUUCUCCAUACUUCUCACUCAGCUUCUCCCGGGCCAGGCCCGACCUGCUGCUCCAGAGCAAGUUGCCUUGGUGGAAACCUCUGUGUAUACCCUGUAUGUUGGAGAUAAGCUAGAGCUGCCCUGUGGAACCAAGGAUGAGCUUCAAGAGGUGAUCUGGACCAAAGACCAGAUUCUCCUCGUCAGUGGCGACCAUAUUCGUCUACGUAACAAUUUGCUGGAGAUCGAGGCCGUGGAGCCAGCAAAUUCAGGCCUCUACGCCUGCCUCGCCCGCGGACCUGCAGGAAACCACACACAGUAUUUUAACGUCAAUGUCACAGAUGCCCUUGCUUCUUCUGAAGAUGAAGAUGAUGACGAAUCUUCUUCAGAGGAGACUAAACAGUCCAGCAGCCAGAAGCUACUCUCCAACAGCCAAGAGCUACUGCCAAUGGCGCCAGUGUGGGCUCAGCGUGAUAAGAUGGAGAAGAAGCUCCACGCUGUUCCCGCCAGCAGAACCGUCAAAUUCCGCUGCCCAGCCAUUGGUAACCCGACCCCCACGCUUAAGUGGCUUAAAAAUGGCAAAGAGUUUAAGAGAGACCAGCGGAUAGGAGGCUUCAAGGUGCGAGACCAAUUGUGGUCGAUCAUAAUGGACUCGGUGGUGCCCUCGGACAAAGGCAACUACACCUGCGUGGUUGAGAAUAAAUACGGCAGCAUCAACCACACCUACCAGCUGGACGUUGUUGAGCGCUCCCCCCACAGGCCUAUCCUGCAGGCCGGCUUGCCUGCUAACCGGACAGUGGUGGUGGGCAGUGAUGUGGAGUUUGAGUGUAAAGUCUUCAGUGACCCUCAGCCCCACAUACAGUGGCUCAAACACAUCGAGGUGAACGGCAGCAAAGUGGGAACCGAUGGACUCCCCUACGUCCGAAUAUUAAAGCACUCUGGGGUCAACAGCUCGGACACGCAGGUGCUGACUCUGUACAACGUGACGGAGGAGGAGAGUGGGGAGUAUAUUUGUAAAGUGUCCAAUUAUAUAGGCCAAGCCAACCAAUCAGCAUGGCUCACCGUCACUAAGCACGCCUCCACAGCCAUCCCCCCUACGCCGCUGCCCAACCAGACGUACCUGGAGGUCCUGAUCUACUGCGUGGGCUUCUUUCUCAUCUGCAUGAUGGUGGUGAUCGCCGUGCUGGUCAAAAUGCACAGCACAGCCAAGAAGAGUGACUUCAGUAGUCAGAUGGCUGUCCAUAAGCUGGCCAAGAGCAUCCCACUGCGCAGACAGGUAACAGUGUCUGUGGACUCCAGCUCAUCUCUGCACUCCGGUGCUAUGCUGGUCAAACCUUCCCGACUGUCCUCCAGCGGCUCCCCAAUGCUCUCUGGCGUAUCUGAAUACGAACUGCCCCAGGACCCCCGCUGGGAACUACCUCGAGACAAGCUGGUGCUUGGAAAGCCUUUGGGUGAAGGCUGCUUUGGCCAGGUGGUAAUGGGAGAGGUUCUGGGCAUGGACAAAGACAAACCCAACCGCAUUACCAAAGUAGCUGUCAAGAUGCUUAAAUCUGAUGCCACAGAGAAGGACCUGUCAGACCUUAUCUCUGAGAUGGAGAUGAUGAAGAUCAUUGGUAAGCACAAGAACAUAAUCAACCUGCUGGGAGCCUGCACACAGGACGGUCCACUUUACGUCAUAGUGGAGUUUGCCUCUAAGGGGAAUCUACGAGAAUACCUGAGGGCCCGUCGUCCUCCGGGGAUGGAGUACUGCUACAACCCUGACCAGGUGCCUGUGGAGAACAUGUCCAUCAAAGACCUGGUGUCCUGCGCCUACCAAGUAGCACGCGGCAUGGAGUACCUGGCGUCCAAGAAGUGUAUCCAUAGAGACCUGGCUGCUCGUAACGUCCUUGUAACUGAGGACAACGUGAUGAAGAUAGCAGACUUCGGCUUGGCCAGAGACAUUCACCAUAUUGAUUACUACAAGAAAACCACCAAUGGCCGUUUGCCAGUGAAGUGGAUGGCUCCAGAGGCGCUGUUCGACCGUAUCUACACCCAUCAGAGUGACGUGUGGUCUUUCGGGGUUCUGCUGUGGGAGAUCUUCACUCUGGGCGGUUCUCCAUAUCCAGGUGUGCCUGUAGAGGAGCUGUUCAAACUGCUGAAGGAGGGGCACCGCAUGGACCGCCCCUCAACAUGCACCCAUGAAUUGUAUAUGAUGAUGAGAGAUUGUUGGCACGCUGUCCCGUCUCAGAGGCCCACUUUUAAACAGCUUGUGGAGGACCUGGACCGCACUCUCUCAAUGACAUCCAAUCAGGAAUAUCUAGACCUGUCCGUGUCUCUGGACCAGUAUUCUCCCAGUUUCCCAGACACACGCAGCUCCACCUGCUCAUCCGGUGAAGAUUCGGUCUUCUCCCAUGACCCCGGAGCUGACGAACCCUGCCUGCCAAAAUUCCCUCCUCAUCCCAACCGCGGAGUGGCCUUCAAAAAGCGCUGAGCACACACCUCCUGUAGUGUGUGCUACACAGCUGGACUUCACUCAUGAACUUAUAGAAGAAGAUAGUGCUCGACUAUAGUGCACACUGCAGAGUGGAUGAGUACGGUUCGGGACACAACUCACGUUCAAGACUUUUACAGAUAGCCUUAUACAGCUAGGAGAGCAUCGGCUAAUCAUUUAAAGGCACCCCUCAGCUGUUGGUGUGGACAAGCUUUAGGGCACUUGGAACAGAUUUUAUGCAUCUGGAAGGAGAAACUUUUUUUCUUUUUCUUCCCCUGGACUUGAAAAAGCGCAAAAGAUGUGGAAAGGGGGGAAAAAUGCUGACUGGUACGAGUAUUUUGGAUAUUUUUCAUUGCUAACAAACAAGGACCUUCUCCUUCAUUCUGUCUUUCUGUCUCUUUUUUCCAAACCAAAAUUCCAUUUUAAAAAUUGCUUAUUUCGCUUACUGGACUGUCCAAAAGUAUUCUAACAAUGGAUUGUUACAACAGUAAAGUCAUUUCAUUUGAACAGUGACUUUCUUGUAAAUACAGUUAGAAAUUUAUAAAUAUGAAUAUAUAUUUACACUUUACUCUUAUUUUUAUUACCCUAAUUGAUUUUGUUCCUUUUUUUGUACCUGGAUGUCCAGUGAUUGUUUUGGAGUUGUUUUUUUUUGAAAGGGACAAAUGUCCAUAAGAGUUUUGACAUGAAAAUAUGCUAAUAUUCUAUGAACUGAUCUGAUAGCUGGCCAGUUUUUACUGAUUCUUUUUUUUUUUGUUUGUUUGUUUUUUUUUGUUCUGUAUCGUUGAUGCAGGUAAGCUAAUGUAGCUCAGACCCGCUGCUAGCUUUUCGAUGGCAUUCGCUCCAUCCUCAAGAUAACUAGUUAAGCUACAUAAUAGUACGCUACUAUUGUUUAGUAGAAAUCAUUCCCACUUGUAGUGGUUGCUCUUUUCGUCUGUAUUACCGUAGUCGGCAUCUCAGAGUGGUACUUUUUCGGUGGUUUUGUCUUAAGGUACUUGUCUUAAGAUUUAUGAAAAAAAAUAAAAUACCCUAUGAAUAGAAAUAUUUCUCCAAAAAUCUGUUAAAGGAAAAAAGAAACGGCUUAAGAUGCCUCCGGGAAUGGUAAAAGGCUUUGACCAUGUAAUGGAUUGAUUGACUGUGCAUAAAAGCAAAGACACCAUCCUCCCCGUAAUGGGGAAAGAUUUGCAGAUCACUUAUGUCACUGUAAAAGGAUUACAUUAAAUAAAAUGCUAUUGAAAACCAA